AUGGAAACAUCUCCGGCAGUUGCUGGACUCACAUUCUCAUGCGUUGUAGACGGCCAGACUUUAUUACUUUCCGACGUGGUAGCCGUCAGCCAUUAUCACGCUCCGGUCUCUUUGACAUCGGAUGCCAACAUCCUCAACAAGGUCCAUCAAAGCACUGUCCUGUUGCGCCUGAAGCUUCGCCAAGGAGCUACAAUCUACGGCAUCACAACAGGAUUUGGCGGAAGUGCCGACGUGCGCACCUCUGACCAUGAAGAAUUGCAGAGAGGGCUACUGCAGCUUCCCCAAAGAGGUCAUGCCCUUCCUACCUCCAUUGUCAGAGGAAUGUUCCUCAUUCGGGUUAAUUCUUUGCUGCGUGGUCAUUCUGGUGUUCGUUUGGAAGUUCUGAAAGCUAUGUUGACUCUGCUGGACAACCAUGUCAUUCCGAUAGUUCCGUUGCGUGCAAGCAUCUCAGCUUCAGGGGACUUGAUACCUCUAUCUUACAUUGCCGGCGUUUUGGAGGGCAACUCGGAUGUUUACGUUGUUGUCGGCACGCAAAACCAAAAGUUCAUGACUGAAAAAGAAGCCUCGAAAUUCAUAGGCAUGGAGCCAGUACGUUUUGAAGCCAAGGAAGCGUUGGGCAUCACAAAUGGUACUGCUACAAGCGCCGCAGCGGCCUGUAUCGUCAUGCACCAAGCUCAUCAACUCGCAACAAUGUCACAAUUCCUUACCGCCAUGGCAACUGAGGCACUACGAGGUCGACAGUCGAAUUACCAUCCGUUCAUAUCCCAAUGUCGACCGCACCUGGGACAGAUGGAGGCUGCUGCCACCAUACUACGUCUUCUCUCUGGAUCCAAGUUGACCAGAAAUAGGGACGACCACGCCGAAGGCCUUGUAAAAGGCCGAUAUCCUCUUCGGACCGCGCCCCAAUGGAUUGGUUACUUGCUUGAAGUCUUGAUGCUAGCUCAACAGCAAGUACAAGUUGAGAUCAAUAACACUACGGACAAUCCCCUCUUUGAUGUCGAGACCGAAACCGUACAUCAAGGGGGGAACUUUCAGGCGCUAGCUAUCACUUCCGCCAUGGAAAAGGUUUCAUCCUCCAUGCAGCUUUUGGGCAAACUCAUGUUUGCGCAAUGCACAGAGCUUCUCAACGCCAAGCUCAAUGACUGCCUGCCGCCGAACCUCGCCGUUGAUAAACCGAGCAAGUCUUUCACGACGAAAGGGUUGGACAUCACCAUGGCAGCUUACAUGUCUGAGCUGGCCCAUCUAUCCCAUCCAGUAUCCGCCCAUAUCCAGAGCGCUGAGAUGAACAAUCAGUCGAUCAACUCGCUUGCAUUGAUAGCUGCCAGAAACGCGUUGGAAAUGACCGAGAUCUUAUUCCUCAAGUUGGCAACUUACGUGUACGCCUUUUGCCAGGCUCUCGAUCUGGAAUGCCUCAAUCUCGAUUUUUGCAACGUCGCAAGACCCGCGAUGCUGGAAGUUGCUCAGAAUUGUAUCUGCCUGCUCCAGAAGUGGAACAACCUGGUCAACCUCGACGUGGAGGAUCGAGGUCGAACUGCUGCGCGAGAAGCGACAGGUGGGCAACUUGAGAUCUGGCGCCCGUUUCUCGAGGGCAUGCAUCCCGAGGAGUUGAUCAUUGCUCUCAAGGCCAUGGACGAUCAUACAAAGCAAUCCGCCGAAAGAAUCAGUCACGAAUACUGCAAGACACGCUUACGGUUUCUGGAGAACCCAAGCACAGGCGCAUAUCUCGGGGUUGCUUCAAAAGCAAUCUACAAAUAUGUCAGGAAAACACUGGGGGUUCCGAUUCAUCGCGGUCUGCAAGACUACCCGCCCACUUUGGGAACCGGCGAAAGCCCCGAGGAAGCGGGAAAGAAGACUAUUGGCACAUUGACCAGCGAAAUCUACGUCGCUUUGCGCAAUGGGUCGAUGCACGACAUGGUGAUGUCGCGGAUGUUCUCGGGGCCGAAACCGCUCAUGAGGUGCAGAGAUACUCAGGGGUAG